AACACAAAUUUACUCGGAGAGAUAAAGAAUCAUAAGAUAGAUAUUAGAAAUUGUACUCUACACCCAUAAACAAAUCAAUAGUAAAUCAAGUUUAUUGUUGAAAUCUCGUGUGUACUCUUGGCUUGGCGCUCGGAUAUUGUCUGCGUUGUAGGCUUUUGGUGGGAAUCACCGCUCCGAUUCUCCAUCUCCUGAUUGUUUUCGUUUUCAUUGCUGUGGGAAGAUAGUAAAGAUGAACAAUUCAUCUGCUGGGCCGUCCUCAAAGCAAAGAACUGGAUCGUCUCAGCCCUCUGAAACCUCUUUUAAGCGCAAAAGAGGGGUUUUUCAGAAAGAAUUGCAGCACAUGAUGUAUGGUUUUGGAGAUGACCCUAAUCCCCUUCCAGAGUCCGUAGCACUUAUGGAGGACAUAGUUGUGGAGUACAUUACUGAACUGGUGUAUAAAGCUCAGGAAAUUGGAUCAAAGAGAGGAAAGCUAUCGGUGGAAGACUUUUUGUAUUUAAUGCGAAAGGACCCACGCAAACUGAACCGUUCAACUGAACUGUUGUCGAUGAACGAAGAGCUGAAACAAGCGAGGAGAGCUUUUGAGAUAGAUGAAGAUAAGCUGAAAAAGGCUUUUGAAGAGGAAGACAAGAUGGAUUAGUAAUCAUUGGAAGAUACUUUGGAGGUCAUAUGUCAUUGUUGCUGCACAGACAAAGCAUGUCUCAUUAUGGUUCCUUGUGAUAUUAAAAGACAACUGACGGGUCUUAGAACUCUCUGUCUUUGUCAAGCAAAGCAAGGUAUAUUUUGUUUUUUCUGCUUAAUGGCAAUCAAUGUACCUUGAUCCCCUUCCUUUCCGCCCUAACCUACUUAUAAAAGGUAGGGGCUUCCCUAUUGUACACGCACCCCUUUUGGAAUUAAUGAAACGAACGCAUCCUUUAAACGUUUGUAGCAGGUAUAUGCUUCAUUCAAUAUGUCAAAGAGUUUCUUGCCA